GGAAAAAACCCUCAGAAGCUCGGAGAGACAAAACAAAAAGAGAAAAAUAAAAGGAAAACGAUGCGACCACCGAGAGGAGGAGGAGGUUUCAGAGGCGGAAGGGACGGUGGUCGAGGGAGAGGAGGUGGCCGAGGAGGCUUUGGUCGCGGUGGUGGACGUGGUGGCGGUGGGUUUCGUGAUGAAGGACCUCCUGCUGAAGUAGUGGAGGUAUCUACAUUCCUUCAUGCGUGUGAGGGUGAUGCAGUGACAAAGCUGACUAAUGAGAAAAUACCUUUCUUUAAUGCUAACAUCUAUUUGCAAAACAAGACCCAGAUCGGGAAAGUUGAUGAGAUCUUCGGUCCGAUCAACGAAUCUUAUUUUUCAAUCAAAUUGUUGGAAGGUAUCGUAGCGACUUCGUACAGCUCGGGCGAUAAGUUCUAUAUCGACCCGAGCAAGCUUUUGCCUCUUGCAAGAUUUCUUCCACAGCCAAAGGGACAGGCACAAGGUGGCGGAAGAGGUGGUCGCGGAGGAGGCAGAGGUGGCGGUAGAUUUGGUGGCCGUGGAGGAGGUGGAUUUCGUGGGAGGGGUGCCCCAAGAGGUGGUAGAGGUGGUCCUAGGGGUGGUGGCCGUGGUGGUGGAUUUAGAGGCAGAGGGAGAUUUUAGAGUGAUCGUGUGUUGUAACAGUACCAAUACCCCGUUCUGCUAUCUUUUUCAAUUUCAUGGGCAUUCAACUAUGACUCUAGUAUUGUUCAACGAAGAUGUGUUUAUUUCGUAUUUUUGUUUAUCCAAAGUAUUGAUACUCGAUUUGAAUAUGGUGAUAUUAUUAAAUUUAUGGAUAAAUUAUAUUGGUAGUAUCUAAAUUUUUGA